AUGGCCUGGCUCUUUCUAAAGGUUUUGUUGGUGGGGGUGAGUUUCCUGAGUUGCCUUUAUCCUCUUGUGGAUUUUUGCUUCCGUGGGGAAGCAAGAGCCCAGAGGCCCAAUUUCGUGAUCAUUUUGGCAGAUGACAUGGGGUGGGGAGACCUGGGAGCGAACUGGGCAGAAGCAAAGGACACUGCCAACCUUGAUCAGAUGGCCGCCGAGGGAAUGAGGUUUGUGGAUUUCCACGCGGCUGCCUCCACCUGCUCGCCCUCCCGGGCCGCCCUGCUCACCGGCCGGCUGGGCCUGCGCAACGGAGUCACACACAACUUUGCCGUCACCUCUGUGGGGGGCCUUCCGCUCAACGAGACCACCGUGGCCGAGGUGCUGCAGCAGGCCGGCUACGUCACCGGGAUGAUAGGCAAAUGGCACCUCGGGCAUCACAGCUCUUAUCACCCCAACUUCCGUGGGUUCGAUUACUACUUUGGGAUCCCGUACAGCCACGAUAUGGGCUGCACGGACAGCCCGGGCCUCGACCUCCCUCCGUGUCCGGCGUGCCCCCGGGGCGAGAGACCAUCAAGGAGCCCCGACCGGGACUGCUACACGGACAUGGCCCUUCCUCUGUACGAGAACCUGCGCAUCCUGGAGCAGCCCGUGGACCUGGGCGGCCUCGCGCACCGGUACGCCGAGAAGGCCACCCAGUUCAUCCAGCGUGCCAGCGCCAGUGGGAGGCCGUUCCUGCUCUACGUGGGCCUGGCCCACAUGCACGUGCCCCUGGCCAGGACCCCGCGGGCGGCAGACCCGUACGCCGCGGGCCUCCGGGAGAUGGACCGCCUGGUGGGCCAGAUCAGAGACGCAGCUGACCGCACGGCCAAGGGAAAUACGCUCCUCUGGUUCACAGGCGACAACGGCCCGUGGGCUCAGAAAUGUGAGCUGGCAGGCAGCGUGGGUCCCUUCACCGGAUCGUGGCAAGUUCCUCAAGGGGGAAGCCCAGCCAAGCAGACCACCUGGGAAGGAGGCCACCGGGUCCCGGCGGUGGCGUACUGGCCUGGCAGAAUCCCCGGCAAUGUCACCAGCGCUGCCUUGUUAAGCGUGCUGGACAUCUUCCCCACCGUGGUGGCCCUGGCCGGCGCCCGCCUGCCCCCAGGUCGCCACUUUGACGGGCUGGACGCCUCCGAGGUGCUCUUCGGCGGGUCGCAGACCGGGCACAGGGCGCUGUUUCACCCCAACAGCGGGGCGGCGGGAGAGUACGGAGCCCUGCAGGCCGUCCGCCUGGAGCGCUACAAGGCCUUCUACGUCACCGGCGGAGCCAGAGCCUGCGAUGGGAGCGUGGGGCCUGCACGGUACCACGAGCCCCCCCUUAUUUUCAACCUAGAAGAGGAUGUUGCAGAAGCCGUGCCUCUGGACCCAGGCAGUGCCGAGUACCAGGGCGUGCUGCCCCGAGUCAGCGAGGCUCUUGCCGGCAUCCUGCACGACAUCGCUGGGGACAACGUCUCCAGAGCAGACUACACCCAGGACCCCGCGGCCGCUCCCUGCUGUGACCCCCACCAGCCUGCCUGCCGCUGCCAUUCCGCCUCCCGGACCGUGCUCCCACGAGCAGGAGCGUCAGGAAAUGAGACGGCAAGUGCACACCCACCCUCUUUCUACUGA